AUAAUAGAAUCGCGUGAGGACUACCUGUAUUUUAAAACGAGGUACGGCGUGGUCAACCGAUUUCAAUUUUUACAUGGACAUAAUUUCAUAAUGAAGAAGAAUAAAAAAACGUAUGGAAUGUUCAUUUGGGGUUUUGUGAGAGGAAGAUAAGGGAGUCAUUUUUUUUGUGAGCUAAUUGUAACAAUGCGCUGGACUCCGGUUUGUAAUGGAACAGACCCUAAAUACAUGGAGAAUAUAAAUGUUUAGACAGCCCCAACAAUGACGAACGAUGUUACACAGACUGGCUAAACAUUCGUUUUAUAUUAAUACACGAAUGGAAUAAAACGGCGUUCUUGUUAUAACUGGGAUGAUAGAGUCUGUGCGAUUGUUAAUUGUUUGGCUGCAUAGAUGGCGAACGCAAGUGAGGUUGGAGAAAGGAACACUUCGCUUCAAAAUUAUGCCUUUACAUCUUCUGCUGUGAAGCUGGCAUCCCUCGGGUUGAUUAUCUGUAUUAGUCUGGCAGGGAAUCUGGUUCUUUGUUUCCUCAUAUUAAGAGACCGAAGCUUGCAUCGGGCUCCUUAUUACUUUCUCCUGGAUCUCUGUCUGGCUGAUAUAAUAAGGUCUUUUGUAUGCUUUCCUUUUGUGAUGAUAUCCAUCAACAGUGGUUCAAGCUGGAGCUAUAGCAUAAUUAGCUGCAAGAUCAUUGCAUUUGUGGCUGUUCUUUUCUGUUUCCACGCUGCAUUUAUGCACUUUUGCAUCAGUGUAACUAGAUACAUGGCUAUUGCACAUCAUAGGUUUUAUUCCAAAAGGAUGACUCACUGGACCUGUGUGGCUGUCAUCUGUAUGGUUUGGACCCUCUCUGUAGCAAUGGCAUUCCCUCCUGUGUUUGAUGUGGGCACUUACAAAUUUAUCCGGGAGGAAGAGCAGUGCAUUUUCGAGCAUCGCUAUGUUAAAGCCAACGACACCUUGGGGUUCAUGUUGAUGCUGGCAGUCAUAAUAGGUACCACACAUGUGGUGUACCUUAAAAUGCUCUUCUUUGUUUAUAACCAUCGUAAAAUGAAACCUGCUCAGUUAAUUCCUGCAAUAAGCCAAAACUGGACCUUCCACGGACCGGGGGCCACUGGGCAAGCAGCUGCCAACUGGAUAGCAGGUUUCGGACGAGGUCCGACACCGCCAACAUUGGUGGGCAUCAGACAGGCUACCCACAAUCAAAACAAGAGGCUUUUGGUCCUGGAGGAAUUCAAGACGGAAAAAAGGAUCAGCAGGAUGUUCUAUAUGAUUACCCUUAUUUUCUUGCUGCUUUGGUCUCCAUAUAUCAUAGCCUGCUACGUUAGAGUGUUUGUUAAAACGAAUAGCGUACCACAGGUCUAUCUCACGGCCGCUGUGUGGAUGACAUUCGCACAGGCAGGUAUUAAUCCCAUUCUGUGUUUUAUACUUAACAAAGAGUUAAGACUUUGUUUCAGAACCCAUUUCCCCUGCUGUCUGAGCACACAAACAACAAUGGAGCCAUAUUAUGUUAUAUAA